AUGGACGGUCGGACCGUGUCCACAGGGAGGCUGGCAGCCGUCGUCACGUUGGCUUUAGGUGCCACGUUCUUCUUCCAGGACGGAGACCUGGUGGCUGCAGCGUCUGGCUGGCGGAGGACGGCGCCGGUCGGCGCUCCGGCCGGGGCGGCGCUGCUGGCGCUGGUCUGGCUCUACCGGCUGCUCUGCUCCCCGCUGGAGGUGUUCAGAGCCAUCGAAGAUGUGGGUUACGUCGUCGAGGAGGGUCGGUCCAGAGCCCAGGUGGCGAACGAGGUCCGCCGGAGGAGGAAAACCGGAGAGCUGCCUCCUGUCUACCCGAACGGCUGGUACCGGGUCCUGGACUCACACAUGGUGAAGAGAGGGGAGGUGAAGAACGUCUCCAUCCUGGGUGAGCAGGUGGCAGUGUUCCGUGGUCAGGAUGGCAAAGCCUGUGUGCUGGAUGCUUAUUGCCCUCAUCUGGGAGCCAACUUGGCUGUGGGAGGGCAGGUGGUGGGAAACUGCCUGGAGUGCCCAUUUCAUGGAUGGCAGUUUCGUGGCGAUGAUGGUAAAUGUGUGAAGAUACCGUACUCAGAAAAAGUUCCGGGGUUUGCCAAGAUACACCGCUGGCUCAGCUGUGAGAUCAACGGCCAGAUUUUGGUUUGGUUCCACUGUGACCGAGAUGAGCCUCACUGGACUGUCCCAGAGCAGCAGGAGAUUACAAAGGGCGAGUGGGUCUAUCGGGGGAGAACUGAGCAUUUUGUCAGCGCUCACAUACAAGAGAUUCCAGAGAAUGCAGCCGACGCUGCUCACCUGGCUCACCUGCACACACCGGGAAUGGUCAGUGGCGUAGAUCUGCGUUACACCAAGAACAAAACCUGGGAGUUUAUGCGACAUGACUGGAAGGUUGAAUGGAAACAAGAAGAAGAGCCAAACAGUCAUUGUUCCCGGAUGUUGGUGAAACAUGCCCUGACUUUGUUUGGACAUCACUGGCCUCUACUAGAUGUUGAUGUCGUGGCCAGACAGGUUGGUCCAGGAGUGGUGUUUCUGCUGUUCAACCACAGCUUCUUAGGUCGGGGUGUAAUCAUGCACUGUGUGACACCAGUGGAACCUCUACUGCAGUACGUCACGCACACCAUCUUCUACCAGUCCAGCAUUCCACCACUGGUACCCAAAUUCAUCCUCAAAGCAGAGUCCAUUCAGUUUGAACGGGAUGUGAUGAUCUGGAACAAUAAGAAGUACGUGUCCAAGCCUGUCCUCACCAAAGAAGACUCAGCCAUCCAAAAGCACCGGCGCUGGUUCAGUCAGUUCUACAGCCAGAACAGCCCGCGACUGCAGCUCCAACGUGACACUUUAGACUUCUGAUCCAUCUGAGGAGAUAUCAGGCCAGGCUGGUAUUUAUCAGAUGUUUGAGACGAGUUA